AUGCGGCUCGAGAAUCAUUUGUGGCUUGAGGCACGAGCACCACAGAUCGGCGAUAAUCCGGCCAAUGUAGGAGGAGGAGAUUCAGCAAGUGGACCAUUGCCUGGCGAGCUAUACUCGAGCAUCGAUGCAUCUCCCGAGGCGACGGGUGUUGCAGAUGGUGACGCUGCGAUCCCAGGGGCAACGGGCAUCGCACCACCCACUCCUACACAACAGCCGGAGGCAGCAACGUUCAAAUUGAACAGCUUUAUCCCGCUUUUUGUCAUCAUUGCUCUCCUCGUAUGCUUUGCCAUUGGCGGAAGAAUAUGGGGCCGUGUGUGGCACACGCGCGUCAGCAAAGCGGCACGAAAGCAAAGGGCGAGUGAAAGGAGGGCGAGAAGAGAGGCAGAGAGAGAGCGAAGGGAUACAAGAAGACAGAUGCGAGAGGCCUGGGCUAGGGAUGGCUAUGGCGAUUUUCCCGGCGGCAUGA